AUGAUUAUCCUAAUUCUUCUACUGUUUAAUGUCGUUUUAUCGAAACUAAUCCGUGUGAACGAAUGGCACGAAAUACCAAUAGCUGGAACAGAUUAUGAAGAAGCAUUGAUUGAUUUUCAUUUAUUUGCCACGUGUGAAAAAUUCUCCGUUUUGUUCGCCACAGAAAAAGAGGGAGCGAGUCGAUUCGAGUUCACUUAUUAUGAUAUUGCAUUGAGAAAAAUAGAUGUUCAAUCAGUGAUGACAGAUCAAGUACACAUACCAGAGACACCGAAAGUGAUCGGAUCGUGCCGAGAGAAUAAUCGGAAGAUUUUGAGGGCGAAGAUCCGUACUUCCAACGACACGAUAACAUUCAAAAUCGAUGAUCAACUAAUACGUCGUCCAUUCGAUUCAUCCCUUCAUAAAAUCAAAAUUCUGAUUCCCCAAAGUGUCGCCUGUUGCCUAAUACGUGCUCUAUUCCUCAGUAACGCUGAUCUCGAAGCGUACACUUCUGUAUCCACUAGAUUUGUGACUUCAUCUAGAUCUGCGUCUUCUAAACGAAUUCUAGAAGUUUUCGAGUCAACACCCCCUUCCACGUCACCAAUUCCAACUACAACAACUUCUGAAACAGUGGAUGCAAACAAAUGGAGUAAAUUCACAUUAGGAAAGAAUCCGACAGUGAGUAGCAGUACGAGUGAACCGAAACCAGAGGGAUCAUGGACACAUGCAGUUAACAAGGAAUGGUCGAUUACUUUUGUUCUUUGUUCAAUCAUUGUUUGCACUAUUAUGCUAUUUCUUGCCGUAUUCGGAACAUUUACCGUAUUUUAUCUGAUGACUAAACCGAGAGGAGGCAAGUCUCCAUACUCAGUUGAUGCCUGA